AUGUCGCUGAUCCCUUAUCAUCCUCGUGAGGGUCGUGAGAUUGUCCUCCGCCACCACAGCUCCCUCGUCGUCCGAGACCCCGAUUCCCAGCGCCUCGAGAUCCGCCGUACCGAAUGCCCGACAUGCCACCAGCCACUUGGCCGUGCCGCCUCUCCCGAGCGCUCCUUUGACCGGCAGUAUGACAUGAAUCAUGAAUAUGUCAAUCCCGACUACUUUCGCAUGCUCCGCGCCGGAAACCACAGCUUCCACGGCGCAAACGGCCCUCCCAGUCCGGUCCGGCGGCUUGCCCAGCCCGCCCUUGUGAGCGACCACUCCAGGCACUCGACGCCGGCCGCCGAGUCCGUCGGUGACGACGCCGAGUUCCUCUCUAGCGCUCCAGGCGUGGGCCAGGCUGAGGGCAGCAGAAUCCGCCGCGAAGCCUUCAGCCCCAACUACUUCAAGACCUUCUUCGUUGAGGAAACCGUCCUCGGCCGUGGAGGCAAAGGCGUUGUCCUGCUCGUCCGGCACGAAAUCGACGGAUGUCAGCUCGGCCAUUUCGCCUGCAAACGCGUUCCCGUCGGCGACGACCACGCCUGGCUCGAAAAGGUUCUCAUUGAGGUCGAGCUGCUCGCCAAGCUGUCGCAUCCGAACCUCGUGUCGUACCGUCACGUCUGGCUCGAGGACGUUCAGCUCACCCGGUUUGGUCCCAGCGUCGCCUGUGCCUUUAUUCUUCAGCAGUACUGCAACAGCGGUGACCUCCACCAGUACGUUGUGGGAGGCGCCCCCAGAGAGGCCACCAAGGAGGAGCUCAAGGCCCAGAUGCGGCGUCGCUCCAAGGGCCAGGCCGAGCUGCCUCGCAAUCUCCUCAACAGCAGGCCGCAGCUGUCGUUCGAGGACAUCUACUCCCUUUUCAAGGACGUCACCUCGGGGGUCGCCUAUCUCCAUGCCGCCAACUACAUCCAUCGCGACCUCAAACCCAGCAAUUGCCUGCUGCACAAGGAAGGUGGCAAGAUGACAUGCCUCAUCAGCGACUUUGGAGAAGUGCAGCCCGAGAAUGUCGUUCGCAAGUCUACUGGCUCCACCGGUACAAUCUCCUAUUGCGCCCCGGAAGUCCUCAAGAUGGAUGCUACCGGCCAAUACGGCAACUUUACCACAAAAUCAGACAUGUUCUCCUUGGGCAUGAUUCUCUACUUCAUGUGCUUCGGCCGCCUUCCCUACCACGGAGCCAAUGCCAUCCAGGAGGAGUUGGAGGACAUUGACCAACUCCGUGACGAAAUCAUGGACUGGAAGGGUUUCCAGGACGAGCGCCGCGAGCGCCCCGACCUGCCACCAAGACUAUACAAGCUUCUUAAGAAGUUGCUGUCACUGGACCCCGCUGAGCGGCCGAGCGCAAAUGAGGUAUUGACUGCCAUGAGGAGCGAGACGAACUUUGAUGGUAUCACCAGGGGAGACAGGACCCCCAACUCGAGUCCUCUACGAGGCAUUCGCGUCCAGAAUCUUGACUCGCCCGUCUCCUCGGGGACACCAGUGCCAGAUCCUCGCAAGGAGCGGUCUUAUAGCAACGGCAGUUCCAACGACGAGGCGAGCGCCUGGCGCAAGGCCACAGAACGGGAGUCGGACCGGGUGCCACCACCUGGCCUUGCUCAGCACCGCAACGCCAGCUCGGCCGCGGCUCCUGACAGCAUCGACUUUGCGCCGAGGCCUGACCACGAUUCUCACUCGAUGGUAGAUAGCAGCGGCCCGCUUUCGCCACCACUGUUGCUGGCGCCUCCCCGGACCCGGGCGGAAGAGGUUCGAUACCAAACAGUGGUAAUGUUCGAGCGCAUGCUUGGCAUUGUCGGCAUCAGACCCGAGUUCGUGAGCUACAUUGGUCGUCUGGGACUUUUCCUCCUGAAGAUGGUAACUUUAGGGCGCCCAUGCUGGCCGUAUGUUGCCAGUCUUGAAGUAAGCAUACCCCUGGUCGUCGUGGCGGCCCUCGACCUGGGAUUGCCAACCAUCACUUCCGCUGGCGGGGCUCGCAGAGAUUCACAAACGGGGGACUUGGUUUCGACCCAUAUCCCAUCAGCUGGCCUCGGCACAAGCAUGAUUCUGCUGGCGUUUCACUUUGCUGUCCUCUGGCUAGCGCAAAAGUGGAAUGCUCUUUGCGUUGCCGUUCCUGGAGAUGACUGGGCCGACUGGUAG